AUGCACCAGUCAUUUACGGGCACCUCCCGCCGCCCUCGCAACGUCAACCUAUCCGGCCGCAACACCAACCCCUUUGCCAAGUCAAAUGGUACUACCGGUGGCGCCUCCGGAGCUCAGCAAGCCAUCGCUUCCGCACAGCAGGACAGAUUGAACCGACAGAUUCAGCGCGACCGUCUGCAAGCCUCGUCUCGGAUACAGAAGGUGUGGAGAGGACAUCGUACCAGGCGACGCACCUUCAAGCUAUGGAGAGAGAUUUGGGAUAAGGCAGAGGAGAGACCGGGUGCCUAUCAGUCAGCAGAGGACUCCUUGCGGCAGCUAUGGAGGUUGAUGCUCUUCUUCUCGCCACGUACCGAGCCCGAAGACACGAAGAGACUAUGUUGGUACGGAACCAAGCAGAUCACCACCACCGAGUCGGUCAAGUGCUCUGGAGGAGAAUGGCCAGGUGCAUACUCGAAAUUGGCAAGAGCUUGUUUGGCGGCGCUGAAAGUGCGUGGGCAGAGCGAGACCCGAAAAGCCGAGAACAAUGAUAGGUUAUUGCUUGGGAUACUAGCUUUCGCCGCCAGGCACAUCCAGUUCAGCACCCCGGAAGCUAUCUCAUACUAUGAGGUCCUUACGAUCGCUCGAGAUUUGCCUGCGGAGCCUCUCCAAAUUGCGCUGCUUGCACCUCUGCAGUCAUCGAGGGAGGCGUAUUCCGGCCUGGUCGUUUUGCUGGCCAGACCUCUCGACCCUGCGCUGCUUACCUUGUUGCAUGCCGCAGUAGACUCGAAGAUACUUGCCGAAACAGCUGCCAGCUUGGAGGAUACCUCGAACAGCAGUCGGGAGAGACUGUGGUUGCUGGGAAAUUUGAUCUCCCUGCUCGGAGGGACGAAAGAUAUGACAUCCACGGCCGCCGUUGCACGACUCCUAGGAUCACUAGCGGACGACGUCGAAUUCGAAACGCAGCCUCUGGAACUGGACAACGAGACCUUCGAUCGGGACGUUUUGUCCAAGGUACCGUCAGGCUUCCCGCUCAAUGCUUUCCUCCAUCGGCAGUUUGUCAGUCUUCUUGAUCAGAACGCCAUUCGCAACCUGUUAUCAGGCGAGUUCACCGGCAGCCACAAUGCGCGAAUUCUAGCGGGUUACGCUCUGACGCUCCUGCGCUGCUUUCCGCGAAGAGCAGAUGAAAUCCGAAUGUGGCUUCAUUUGGGACCGACAACGGGAGGAGCUUCACCAAUAAGCUACUUGUGGAAUGCUGCCAAGGUGUCUAACGUUUUCAGUGAAGUAAAGUCUUCAUCAAGAGGUGUCGUCUCGCUCUUAAAGACACCCAAGCCUAGUGCCCAGCAGCGCGACGAUUGGGCCAUCUUGCUGGUGUUCUUGGAAAUGUUCUCAUUUGAUUUGAAAAUAAUGGACGACGAAGAGUUCAUCGGCAGCAAUCCCCGCGGCAAGAGAAACAGCGCAGUCCCGCUCGCAGAUGUCGCUCAGCUGGUAACGUUCCUGAAGAAUCUUGGUUUCACAAUGUACUUUGAUGCUGCUGAGUUGAACGAUGCAGCCCCAACGCCCGCGCGGGACGAAGGCUCAAUUGGUCGUCGAUUUGGUUCCUCCAGCAAUGCUUUCGCGCCCACCGAGAUAAAGCCUUUGACCGUUGCUGGUCUACCCGGAUUGACGUUCGAUUAUCUUAAAGGGGUCGUCACUGGACUUCUUCGCGCGAUCUACGAGCGAGACUCUCGUCGAAAUUUCCUGCCCAAGAACCACUGGCUCAUGACGGAUCGAUUCGAUAUGCAAGCAUUUAUUCCCGGUGUGGUCGCUGAAGAGGAGUCGCGCCACCAGGUGCAGCAGCAAGACGACGAGGACAAGGAUGAGGAGUCCGAAGAUGAAGAUAUCGGCACUGUGAACGGAAUGGCUCGAUCCAGUCCGUCUGGCUAUGCUCGUGUACUUCGGGCGCAAGAAGCUCGCGCUCGGGCGCAGCGGAAAGCCAGCAGGAAAAGGUAUCUCGCGUCCGUUGCCCCCAGGUUGGAGAUUCUGCAGAACAUGCCCUUCUUCAUUCCCUUCCAUACACGAGUGGAGAUCUUCCGACAAUUCGUCUACCUCGAUCAGACCAAACGCCGAAACGGUACCGUAGACCCUGACCUCUGGAGACAGAAUAUGAUGUUUCAGCCGCAGAGCAUGCAUCGAGACCCUCUGGAACGGCACCAUGCCAAGAUAAAGCGCACGCAGGAGUUCUCGGACGCCUACCAGCAAUUCUAUGACCUAGGUGCUGAUCUCAAGGAGCCCAUUCAAAUCACCUUCAUCGAUAGGUGGGAUCAACCGGAGGCUGGUAUCGACGGCGGUGGUGUCACAAAGGUAUGUAAUAUACUGUCCGGUGAUCGAUGCCGCGCCAGCUGACCAUGUUAGGAAUUUCUCAACAGUGUGAUCGGCCAGGCAUUCGAUCAAGCAGCUGAUUACCGCCAGAGGUUCUUCGUCGAGAAUGACCAACACCUACUCUAUCCCAGUCCUACAGCCUUCGAGGAUCUUAAGAUCGACGUAGAAAAGGCCGGCGUCGAGGACGGCUCUUCAGAAAUGCGCGAGUAUCUGCGGGACCUACACAAGCAAUAUGAGUUCCUGGGCCGCAUCAUCGGAAAAUGUUUGUAUGAAGGCAUCCUAGUCGACGUGUCAUUUGCCGGAUUCUUCCUCAAGAAAUGGGCCCUCACUGGUGGCACUGGUAGCGCUCCGAAUGAGUCACACUAUCGACCGAAUAUCAAUGAUCUCCGAGAAUUGGAUCCUCGUCUGUACAAAGGUCUACUGGAUCUCAAGAACGCCGAGAAUGCCGAAGAUAUCGCCUUGUCGUUCACUAUCAACGAUGAGGUCGGACCUCCCGGCGAGAGGCGCAUUGUUGAAGUCGAUCUUGCUCCGAACGGUGCUAACACGCCUGUGACGAAUGAAAAUCGACUCUCUUACAUCAACCGCGUAGCGGCAUACAGGCUACAGCUACAGAGCAAGAGACAGACGACUGCAUUUCUGCGAGGCCUUGGUGAUAUCAUCCAACCUUCGUGGUUGUCGAUGUUCAAUCAAUCGGAACUGCAGACACUCAUCGGAGGUGCUUCGGCGGGGAUAGAUGUGAACGAUCUCAGAAAGAAUACACAGUACGGCGGCGUAUAUGUCAUUGGCAAUGAUGGUCAGGAACAUCCUUCUGUACAGCUCUUUUGGCAAGUCAUGUCGAAGUUGCCGGACGAAGAACGCCGGAAGGUCCUGAAGUUCGUCACCUCGACGCCGCGUGGACCGCUGUUGGGGUUCUCCCACCUCAAUCCGAAAUUCAGCAUUCGAGAUUCUGGGGGCGACGAGAACCGGUAUCCGACGACGAGCACGUGCGUGAACCUGUUGAAGCUACCGAUCUACAGGAGCGAAAAGACAUUACGGGAGAAACUCCUCGCUGCUGUCAACAGCGGGGCUGGAUUUGAUCUGAGUUAA